AUGGCACCACCGCUGGCCUGCUCGGGCAACACCUCUUGUGGCACGGGGAGAGGUGAUGACGUGCCAGAGGAUGUAGCCGUCGGUCCUGUGGCUGAUGCUGCUGAGGACCUUCCUGGGGGUCCUGCUGAGCAUCUUGCUGAGUAUCUUGCUGGGGAUCCUGCUGUGGAUCCUGCUGUGGAUCCUGCAGUGGAUGCUGCCAACAGUGCUGGACCUGCACCUCUGGAUGUAGUAGGUGACCAGCGUUACCUGGGCCAUGGGAUAUUCGUCCCAGAUCACAAAUUUAUGUCGGCCAAGAAACAUGCCCCAACCGACUCGCGGUUUUGUGGGCUUCUACUUCGCCAGUUGUACACAAACGAGGAGAUGAUAAACAGAAGUGUGACGGGACAACCGUCCCGUCGAAACCUCAAGAAGGGUGCCGAGAAGAGGAAGCCCCUCACUCCUACAAAGGUUGAAGCCGUGAAGGUUGGCUUGACCAAUUACAUCAGAGGAAGAAAAACAGCCGUGGCCGAUGGGGACCGCCUGGACAAACUGAAGACUAUAUUGUCAAACUUUUUUAGUGAAAAAAACAGGCCGGAGAGGGAACCCCGCAAGCCAAAGCCGAAGGCAGGGGCAGAAACUCUGCCGGUGGAGGACCCAGCAGUUUAA